GGCAGGUCACUCAAUCUCUCCGAUCCUUGGUGUCUGACCUGUGCAAAGGGGACAGUAGGGCGGGUCAGUGGAGGUCCCAGCUGCUUGGCACUCGCACUUCCCCACUGACCAGCCCCUCCCCCGAGCAGGUGAGGUACUGGAUCCAGGGGGACUCCGACUCGGAAGCCCACGUGCUGGAGAGCAAGGUGCCCUCGGUGGAGCUCACCAACCUGUACCCGUACUGCGACUACGAGAUGAAGGUGUGCGCCUUUGGCACGCAGGGCGACGGCCCCUACAGCUCCCUGGUGUCCUGCCGCACCCACCAGGAAGUACCCAAUGAGCCAGGGCGUCUGGCUUUCAACGUCGUCUCCUCCACGGUGACCCAGCUGAGCUGGGCUGAGCCCUCGGAGACCAACGGCGAGAUCACGGCCUACGAGGUCUGCUACGGCCUGGUCAACGAGGACAACCGUAAGGCCCCUCCUUCCGCCCCCGGGGUGGCAGCCGUGGAAGGGGAGGGGCCGAAAGUGGGAGGGAGGCCACAUUGUCCUGCUCAGUGGAUGAGCCCCUGCAUCUGGUCGCCUGAGGCAUCAUUCGGUUUAGGUCUGGUUCAGGCCCAGAAGCUUCCGGGGCUGGAGGGG